AUGGUGGUGGGGGGCCGGGGUCUUGGUGCUUGUGGUCCUGGGCCCAACGGGCAGCACGGAGGGGCCACCCCAGAUCGGGACAUCUCCCUGCACAACUUCAGCACAAGGCUGUGGGAGCAGCUCGUCCGCUUCCACGUCAUGUGGCUGACACACUGGCUCUUCCUGUGGGUGGGGGCCAUGCCGCACCUGUGCAACCUCGCCGUGGCCCUGUGCAGCCACUACGAUUCCAUCCCCGUGUCUACCUCCCUCCUCAGAGACACUUGUGGCAUGACCUCCACUGAUCUUACCCGGCACUUAGCCAGGAAGACCAACAAACAGAUGCUUGUCAGCUAUAACCUUCAAAACACAGACAGUAACCUCACAUUACUUGUAAAACACAGGAUCAAGGAAGAAAUGGAGGCUUAUCCAGAAAAGUUCUAG